CGCUGAAGACUGAAAGAUUUGACAUCGACCAACGAUGGGAACAGGCAACGGUUACGUCUCAAUCCGCAAGAUUUCGUUAGAGUCAGGCUCAAUCGUUAAAUGCUGUUGUGAACUAUUAGUUAUUAUGGUUAAAAUGCGCUAUUGAUUUGGUUAAAACACAGUUGAAACCAAGUUUGUAGGAGACGUACACAGAGGAUGCUUUACGAGGCAAAGCAAUGUGGAGUUAAGUUCUCUCCUGCCUCCGUAGUUUUAAUUUAUCAACACACGGAAACCAAAAAGAUACGAAAGAGAAUAAUACCUUUACGGAACUUCUCACAGUAUUCAGACUGCAGCCUGGCUGCUGAGAGGCUGAAGAACAACCUUCGGCACAGGGACUACCUGGAGGCUGUGUCUCAGGGCCAGCUCGAGAAGCUUCACAUCAUCCUGCGAGAUCACAUGCAGGGCUACAGCCUGGAGCACAGCCUCGCCUCGUUCCAGCUGGACCCCGACCAAGACCUGAACAAACUGGACGACGAGGAGCUGGCUCGCAAAAAGGGCCAGAUGGACGAACUGUUUGAGAAGAACCGAAGGCGCAAAGAUGAUGCUGACUUUGUCUAUGACGUGGAAGUGGAGUUCAGCAAGUCCACCCGAGAAAAGUGCAGCUGGGAUGAAGAGUCUGAUGAAUUUUAACUGUUCCAAUCCUUUAUGUAUGUAUGUAUGUAUGUAUGUAUGUAUGUAUAGAAUAGUAGUUUUUGUACUUUGUUGCAAUCUACAAGCUUAUGUACCACUAAUAAAAAGGUACAUAAUUCAUAGAUUAGAUGAAACAACCCACCCAAGUUUGUGAAUGCCCUGUGAUCAAUUUACACACAUGUUCCAUUUCAAACUGCAAAGAAAGAGAUGCUGCAUAAAUAAUAGUGAAUAUUUAUUUGGUAUAAAAUACUGAAUUUUACAAAAUA